AAUACUAAGAAAUCCUUGGAGAGCAGCCUACAGCAACUAAAAUGCCAUUUCACCUGGAACCUGAUGGAGGGAGAACAGUCCUUGGAUGAGUUUGAGAACAGAGUGUUGAACAAGUGUGAGCUUCAGAACAGUGAGUUUAAAGCCACCAUGUGCAACAUACAGGCCUACAUCAAGCACCACCGAGGGCAAAACGAGGCGGCCCUGGAAUGCUUACAGCAAGCUGAAGAGCUAAUCCAGAGACAGCAUGCUGGCCAGGCAGAAAUCAGAAGUCUGGUGACCUGGGGAAACUAUGCCUGGGUCUACUAUCACAUGGGCCGGCUCUCAGAAGCUCAGAUUUAUGUGGACAAAGUGAAAGAGGUCUGUGCCAAGUGUUCCAGUCCCUAUAGAAUUGAGAGUCCUGAACUUGACUGUGAGGAAGGGUGGACACGGCUAAAGUGCACAAAACGGCAAAAUGAAAGGGGGAAGGUGUGUUUUGAGAAGGCUCUGGAAAAGGACCCAAAGAACCCAGAAUUCUUCACUGGAUGGGCCAUAGAAAACUACCGUCUGGAUCGCUGGCCAGCAUCUCAGAACCCCAUCGAUGCUCUGAGGACAGCCAUUGAGCUGAAUCCUGACAACCAGUAUAUGAAGGUCCUCUUGGCUCUGAAACUUCAAAAACUGAAUGAAGAAGAUGAGGAAAGUGAAGGAGACAGGCUAGUGGAGGAAGCCUUAAGGGAGGCUGAAGGUGCAACAGAUGUGCUGUGCAGUGCAGCAAAGUUUUAUCGAAAUAAGCGUGCUGUGGACAAAAGUAUCGAUCUGCUUAGAGAGGCGUUAAAAAGCAUGCCAGACAAUGCCUACUUGCAUUACCAUAUUGGGUGCUGCUAUCAGUCCAAAGUCCAACGAAUGCUAAGUAUGAGAGACAGGGGAGUGAAUGGGAAAAGUGAGUUCCUGGAAUACGCACAGGCUGUGCACCAUUUAAAGAGAGCUGAUGAGAUCAAUGGCAAUCUCUUGAAUGCUUGUAGCAUCCUGCUGGUAUUUUUUCCUAUGGUAGGUCAAUAUGAAGAGCAGAAAAAACUCAGCAAGGAACAUGCUCCUAUAGCUAAACAACUGCUCCAUCUGUUUUAUGGCAAUUUUCAACUGUAUCAAAUGAAAUUGGAAGACAAGGCCAUCCAGUAGUUUAAAGAGGGCAUGAAAAUAAACCAGGAAUCAAAGGAGAAAGAAAAGAUGAAAAGUAAAUUGCAAAGAAUUGCCCAAGGGUGGCUUUCUAAAAAUGAAGCUGAUUCUGAAGUUUUGCAUCUCUUGGCAUUUCUUCAGGAGUUGAAUGGAGAAAUGCAGCAAGUAGAUGCUGACACUGAGAGGGAUGUAAGCACAGGAAGUUGUGUCCCUCUGGCAUCUUUAGAUGAGACAGGAAAUGAAGAAUAG